AUGAAUUGUACGAGCAUCAAACAAUUGAAAGCCAAAGCCCAACAUUUGGAUGAUAUGUUUCUAACUAAAGAAGAAUUGCGUUUUCAAGUCACCGGUAUAGUAGCAUGUAUAAAUAGGAUUGAGGAAAACAAUAAAAAUCAGUUUUCAAGUAUGACUAAGGACUACGAUACUCUUUAUGAAAAAUACGUGGAAGUUAAAACAGAAUACAACAAACACAAAAGCGUCGUUCAGUGUAUCGACAAUGAACUACACAAUUCUAAAAUGGCGCAGAUGCAGCUCGUGCAAGAUAUAAAAAUUCAAGAAGAACUAAGAGUACAAUUGCAACAAAAAAUACAAAUUGUUGAACGUAAGUUGUAUAAAGCGAAAUGCUUGACGUCCAACCUGAAUCGGGUCAGUUUUAAUCAAAAUAUACAAUUUUGGAAAAAAUCGGCGGAGUGUAAAUAUUUAAAAAAAAAAUUAGACAGCCAAUGCAUUGAAAAAGAUGUGAGAGUAGCUGAGGUGUGUGAAGUGAAAUUUAGACUUGAACGUGCAAAUGAAAAGCUACUUCAAUUUGAGGAGCAAGCCAAUAUUAACAAGAUUACCAAAGCUAGUGCAAUUGAAAGUUUCAAGGAACUACAAACGUUGAUGAUGUUAAAAAUUAUUGACUUUCGCCGGUUAUUACAUAACAAUAAAGAUCGUAUAGAAUUAGGUUCGAAAGAAGUAUGCAAAUCAAAUGCAAACCUUGAGUUAUUUAAAAACACAAUGAAACAAGAAAUAGCGAAUUGUGCUAAGCAAAUCGAAAACCGACUAAAAAGUGUAAAAGAGGAAGAAGAAAAUUGGAAAGAAAUCAAUCGAUUGUACAACGCUGCGAGUAGUGAACAAAAAGGAUUAAUGACUUUGAAUAAAAAGUUUAAAGACAAGUUAGAAAAAUUGAUUGGUGAAUUUAAAACCAUAAAAAAAGAAUCAAAGAUAAAAAUUGAAGAAUUAAACAAAGAAUUAGAACAACUCGUUGGAGACAGAUGCGAACUUGAGGUUAAUAUCAAAUUAAAAAGCAACACAUGGCAAGAGUUAGAAAAUGAAUUAUUGCAAGUGGUGAAGAUCAGCAAAAAACUGGAAGAAAAUAUAAUAGAAUUGAAAAAUAGACGUUACGCGUUGUUGGACAAUCAUUACGGAUUGAUUUCUCCUGACGACCCCCAAAGGGAUUUAAUAUAUCUUGGCGACCAUGUACUUACGGUUUUAGCAAAGUUUAACUCAGAAAUAUCGGAUUCUGUGUUUAAACCGUUGAAAAACAAUAAUAACCACUGUAAAUCUGACGUUACUAUUGAAAAUAAAUGUUAA